GUCCCCCCGCUGUCCCCGCUGUCCCUUGUCCCCCGGGCCAUGCCCGCCCCGCUGCCCCCCACGCGGCUGUUGGCCGCGGAGCGCGGGGCCGUGCUGCUGUCGUGCGCGCUGUCCUGCGCGGGCUCCGCGCUGCUGCUCUGCACCCACGCGCAGUGGCCGGAGCUGCGGACGCGGCCGCGGCAGCUGCUGCUCCACCUGUCCCUGGCCGACCUGCUCUCGGCCCUCUCCUACUUCUACGGGGUGCUGCGGGACUUCGAGCGCACCUCGUGGGACUGCGUCCUGCAGGGCGCCCUGUCCACCUUCGCCAACACCAGCUCCUUCUUCUGGACCAUGGCCAUCGCCCUCUACCUGUACCUGACCAUCGUCAGGGGCUCGCCCACGGGCACGGGCUUGCUCUGGGGCUUCCACGCCGUGAGAAACCAUAUUGUUGCUCCCAAAAUACUGACUACAUCUCCACUUAAAAGCAAAGCAAACAAACAAACCAGUGGCAGAAUGAAGCUGUGGAUUGCUUUGUGUGCAGAGUUUCACUUUGGAAUCAGAAGCUGGGGUGUCCCCCUGGCCAUCACGGUGGCCGCUGUGGCUCUGAAGAAGAUUGGCUACGACGCCUCCAAUGUUUCUGUGGGCUGGUGCUGGGUCAACCUGGAUGCUGAGGAUCGGCUGCUGUGGAUGCUGCUGACGGGGAAGGUCUGGGAGAUCCUGGCCUAUGUCACCCUGCCAGUGCUCUACAUCCUCAUCAAGAAGCACAUUAACAGAGCACACGCCGCGCUCUCCGAGUAUCGCCCCAUCCUGCCCGGAGCCCCUGCCCUGCAGCCCCGCGCCAGCGUGGCAGACAAGAAGCUGAUCCUCAUCCCCGUCAUCUUCAUCUUCCUCCGCAUCUGGAGCACGGUGCGCUUCGUCCUGACCCUCUGCGGCUCCCCCGCCGUGCAGAACUCCGUCCUGGUUGUCCUGCACGGAAUUGGGAACACGUUCCAAGGAGGAGCCAACUGCAUCAUGUUCGUGCUGUGCACGCGGGUGGUGCGGGCCCGGCUGCUGGCCCUGCUCUGCUGUGGCCACUGUGGCGAGCUGGCCUGGGCUGGCCAGGGGUCCCCCAGCUCCUGGCAGCGCCCGCAGCCCCACGGGGACAGGGACAGGGACAAGGACAAGGACAAGGACGUGCCUGGCCCCGGGCAGACGAAGCCGCUGCUCCCCAGCACCUGAGCUGGCCCUGGCUGCUGCUGAUUCCUUCUCUCAUGGUGCAGGGUGGUGGCACAGCCCCACAGAGGGAGCUGCAGCCCGGGGAAAGCGGCGCUGGAGAGGCUGAGCCCUGGACAGGUCCCGUUCCUCACUCACCCCGCAGCCUCUGCUCCUCAGCCGUGUCAGGAUCCUCUGGAACAGACUGCACUCCAGUUUAUCUCCGCUCCUUCCCUCUGCCUCUGCUGGGAAUCUGAACAUUUGUUUGGGGUCUCUCUUUUCUGCCUGCCGAGGCCAGUGCGUGGUGAGUUCUGAGCUGAACAAACCCCGGGGCCAGGAGACCUCCAGGAGCUGCUGGAAGGACUGGCCUGGGCAUGGCUUUCACUCGUGGUGUGGGAGCCCUCCCGGGGGCUCCAGCCUGGCUCUGUUCUUCACUUGAACAGGGACAAAAUAAUAUUUAUUUUGUGGUGCUGAUGGAUGGUGCCUCUGGAUGUUUACCCCUCCGUGGUGUUUAGGGGCUGUCACCACUGGGGUUUGUGGUGGCAGAGUGGGGCUCUCCUGAGGGAAUCAGAGCCCUGCAGGCUCCCUUGGUGCUCAGGGAUGUGGGGAUGUGCCCCAGGCUCCAGCAGGGACAGCCCCUGCCAGCAGCAGGACAGUGCCUGGCUCAGAGCUCCUGGGCUUUGUCUGUGCCUUGGGCCUGCUGGGUCAGACUGGGGAGGGCUGGGGCUUUGUGUGCCAUUUGGAGAUAACGUUUUACCUCAUUCACAGCUCCUCACUUGCUCGUUUUUUAAAGUAUUUUCUCCAACUUUUACAAAAUAAAGCUCAGUUUCUUUACCAGGACAUGCCCAGCAUUGCAUUUGUGCAGCACAAACAGGAUCUCGUCUGGCUCUUGGUCCCAGAGCCCCAGCUCUGCUGCUGUUCCCUGCAGAGUCCUUCCUACUGCUGGGGAUCAGACUCAAAUCUCCCUCUCCGUGUCUGAUUGGAAGCCAUUUGGAAGCUGAUAAAUCAGGGUCUGUGUACAGCUUAUUUUUAGGCAAACCAUUAAUUUCUGAAAUCCUUGUCUCACCUAAAGUCCCGUUGUCGCUCCGGGGCCCAGAACACUGAAUUAGCUUUGCCUGAACAUGCAAUUCCUUCCCAAAAUGCAGGUGAGAAGGUGUCACUCGUGGAUAUAUUCUGAGGGAUGUCUCCUCAGGGUGGGCACCCUGCAGCAGGGCUGGCUGCCAGCUCCUGCUCAAACUUCACAUUUUAGAGCUCACCACUGACGUUCUCCAGCACAUUUACUGUCCUGCAAACUAAGUUUGCCCUAUUAAUCAUUUUUUCCCCCCAAAGAUAUCAAGGUAUGAUAGGAUCCAGCCUUGAGCACAGAUCAUUAGGCUGAGGGUGGAUAAAUCCCUGCACACGUUCCCUGCAGGGGAACUCUUGCCAUGAGCUGGGUGAGGGCAGGGGGGACACGGAGCAGAGUGGAAGUCUCCAGGCACACAUGCUCUGGGGUGAAGAGCAGAUGUAAAACUUGGGAUGUGCUGCAGCUGAAAUGGAAAACGUGCUUGUAAAAUGCCUGUAAAAUCAGCUCUUUGCUCGUUCCUGGCUCUGUCCUUUGCCAAGUCCAACAGCAUCCCAGCUGCUGAAGAUGUCACACCCCUGCAAUUGCUUUGAAAAUCCAAGCAGUUGAUUUACCAUCCUGUCUCCCUUCACCAACCUCUUCCAAGAUCAUCCCGGUGCCAAUUACAACCACAGAGAUGUUGUUGCCACACUCCUGCUGUGUUUGGAAAGUAUUCCAACUGUUCUGCUGCCAUAAGCAAAUAUCUACUCUGAUGAAGGGGUUUUGAUGGCAAACA